CUCAGAUCUCGUGAGAGGAACACGGCGGAGCUGCUGGUUGAGCUCCCCGGGUCCUCUCCUGCCUCCCUCCCUGCAUGUGGGGAGGGAGGCUUAGAGCAGAGCCGGCGCUCGGAUAGCGCUGGCUCUGCAUGAGCUGACAGGGGAGAUCCUGAGAUCUCCCCUGCCUGUCUCACUCCAUAGGCGCGCCGCGGGGAUUAGGGUGUGCCCAGGCACACCCGGCACACCCCGUGCGCACGCCUAUGCAUACACCUUUACUCUGUCCCAGACUAUAUACCAGGAACUUCUGCCUGCUAGUAAGAUGGUAAGGAGUCAAGUGGACAUGUGAGUGCUAGGGGACAGUCCUUAGAAAGCGUGGAGUAGGCGCAUCAUUUGAUGCAUUUAUGUCAAGCUCAGAGUGCUGCCUGCAUAGUAUGCCCUUAGUUGGACAGCCUGCAUGAUUGACAGGCAGCCUGACAUGCAUUCAUGCUAGGCUGGCCUUCCAAUUCUUUUUGGGCAUGUUCACCCCUUUUAGCAGUUCUGGUCACGUGAUUCGCACCAGUGACACUCCCUUUUUCCCUGCCCAUUGACUUCCUGCUUCACUGGACACUGCUGUUAGGGGGUAUGGAUUUACUUGAAAGAUGAAAGCAUAAAUUAGACUGAGAUUAGCAUAGAGUAUGUGUUUUCUUAUGGCUUUGGACCACUGAGCACCACUGAGCACAGACCACCAGGUCUGUUUUUCUUUAGCCCAGGUAAGACGCUUCUGACGUUGUUUGUUGUUCAGGAGCGGCUUGACAAGAGGAAUACGACAUCUGAAGCCCAUGUCGAGGAUCCGUCUGUGUGUGGUGGCUCUUGAUGCACUGACUCCAGCCUCAGUCCACUCCUUGUGAAAGUCUCCAACACAUUUGAAUGGCCUUUUCCUGGCAAUCCUCUCCAGGCUGCGGUCGUCCCUGCUGCUUGUGCACCUUUUUCUUCCACACUUUUCUCUAUCACAUAACUUUCUAUUAAUGUGCUUUGAUACAGCACUUUGGGAACAUCCAACUUUCUUCGCAAUUACCUUAUGAGGCUUUCACUCCUUGUGGAGGGUGUCAAUGAUGGUUUUCUGCACAACUGUCAGGUCAGCAGUCUUCCCCAUGAUUGUGAUUCCUACUGUACCAGACUGUGAGACCAUUUAAAGGCUCAGAAACCCUUUGCAGGUGUUAUGGCUUACUUAGCUGAUUAGAGUGGGACACUGUGAGCCUAGAAUAUUGCACCUUUUCACAAUAUUCUAAUUUACCGAGAUUGUGGAUUUGGGGUUUUCAUGAGCACUUAAUCGCACUUAUGACAAAUCACAGCUUGAACUAUCUUGCUUUGCAUGUAAUGCAUCUAUCUCAAAUAUUAGUUUCCCCUUUUACAUUGCAUUACUGAAAUAAAUGAACUUUUGCACGAUAUUCGAAUUUUUCGAGUAUCACAUGUAUAUGUAUGAGUGUGAGUAUGUGUACGUGUGUGUGCACCAGUGUGUGUAUGUGUGUGUGUGUCAGGAUGUUUGUGAGUGUGUGUGUGUGUGUGUGCAUAUAUAUAUAUAUAUAUAUAUAUAUAUGACAGUGUGCUUCUGUGUCUGUUUUUAUGCACACAUCUCUGUAUGUGCCUCUGUGUGUCAGGGUGUGUGUUUUUAUGUCAGUGGGAGUAUAUGUUGCUAAGAUAGUUGUAGGAACCACCUGCGGCUUUAAAACUUGAGUGCCUGGAUAUUUCUUUUUUGACUUAGUGUGUGUAUAUGUGUCAUGGUGUGGGCAUGUAUUAAUGUUUGUGUGUGUCAGGGUGCAUGUGUGUAUGUCGGUGUGUAUCUAUGUGUGUAUGUGUGUGUAUGUGUCAGUGUGUAUCUAUAUGUGUGUAUAUGUCGGUGUCUAUAUGCAUUUAUAUGCAUCUCUAUGUUAAUGUGCAUGAAUAUCUGUGUAAAUAUGCAUGUAUGUUGUAGUGUGCAUGCAUCUAAUCAGUCAAACACCAGCACAACAUACAAGCACACUCCUGCAAUCUAACACAAAUAUUGCAUACAAACACACCCCUGCAUUCAAUCUCAAAAAUAUAUAUAUAUAAACACAGCCCUUCACAGAAACACAAAUACCUCACACAAAUGUACAUCCACAUUUAAAAGUGAACAUUACAUUCAGACACACCCCUGCAAUCAAACACAAAUAUUACAUACAAACACACUCCUGUAUUAAAACACAAUAAAUGUAUACAAGAAUCCCUUCAAACACCAAGGCAGGGAGCUUGCAAUGCAAAUGCGUGCUGUGACACAAGGGCAGUGGGCUCUAUAUGCAAUAACCUUUGCAAUGAUGCAAAGUUUUAAUGAUGCCUACAGUCAAAAUUAAGAACCAUAAAUAAUACAUGAUGGUUUGGAUAGAAUGCAAUAUACUCCAUUGUGGUAAUGUUAGAUAUUGAAAUUAAAAUUUUGUUUAAUUCUGAUUAUACCCCUGAACACUUCAAAUGUUUAUUUGCUCCAUGUUGCUGAACUGAUGUGGAAAGGUUUCUGAUAAUGAUGGAAGUUACAUACAAAUUAUGGAUGCCUGUAGACUAAUACUGGCAUUCUGUACCUAGUCAAUUAAGAAGAGACAAUCAAGUCAUAUGGGCAUACAAAACAAUACCCCUUGAAAAUAUACCUGCAUAGGUUAAAAAAAAAAAGUAAAAGAAAAGUAUAAAAAACAUUAAACAUACCGUACCUCAUCACUCAAUAAAAAGGUGUGUACAGAGAGCACAUUACAAUAGCAAUAUUUGACUAUAAAUUCUCAGAUGCCCUUAUAGUGUGACCUUAAGUCAUGAAAUUAAAGGAGUGGGGGUGACAUUUCCUCUUAUUACUCCUUCAUAUUGUGACCAUUACAGUAUAACAGCAUGUUGUGUAAUGUAAUAACUGUUUUGCUGUUAUAGUUGUCUCUUGGAAGCGUUGCACUCUGGAUGAACUCCAUCCUUGGGUUUUCUACUGUAAUUGCUUUGUGGCCCAUUGGAAUUCUGUUUCGUGAAGCCAGAACACAGCUGGCUGAGCAGAACAUUGGGACAAAGUUUGCAGUUUUCCAGGUAAGACUUACAAUUUCCACUACUUACUUUUCUCACAAUACGAUCUAUGAGCAUACAAGGAUUUAUUCACUAAAAUGAGACUUCAAAGUGAAUUCCACAUUUAAGGCCAUAAUAGUCAAACUGGAAUUAUAACUGACUUGGAGAAUUUUUCAGUUGGCUAUUUUGUCAUUAAAUUUGUAAUUCACUCUGAAUUCUCACUUUAGUGAAUAAGCCUGAAUAAGACAGUGUGAACCAAAUUUAGAUCACAUUGUGAAUUUUAUAUAGGAACAUUUUCUGCAAUACCCAUAAUUGGUGUCAAUGAAAAAAAAGAGAUGAUUUUCAAACUUUGCUAUUAUGGCCUUUAUUUUUCAGUUUGGUUGUCAACACACCUCAAUGUAUUGUUUUGUUAGUUGGGGUAGUACAAUUGUUUGGUAAAGAUACAGUUGGUCUUCUCAACAACAAAAACAGGGCACAGGAGAUAUCUUUAUAAACCUUGGCAGAUUGGUGGGUACCAAGUAUCUCUUUAACAACAGACAGUCUUGCAAACUGCAACUAUUUAUCAUAAUGUAGAUUCAGCUGCAAUAUAUAUAUAUAUAUAUGUGUGUGUGUGUGUAUAUAUAUAUAUAUAGUGCUUCUUUAAAUUUGUUACUGAGAAUAUGCAAACAUUCUAUUCAUGACAACAGACAAAAAUGCAAUAUAUAUCUUUUCUAAAAAGAAUUACAUUUUGUAAUGAGUUUUGUAGCAAAUAAAGCAAUGAAUAGUUAGACAAAGAGAUAUUUUGUGUAGUUAAAAAAAUAUACUUCUACAUUUAUAGCCUUGUUUAGUAGUAACUUAGGGUAUACAUAUUACCACAACUGUAUAUCAUUAAAGGGAUACUAUAGCUCCAGGACUACAAAGCUGUGUUCCUGCCACUAUAGCUCCCCCUUUCUCCCCCUCCCUCGCACCCCUCCUCCCCGCCCAGGUAAAUAAAGGGUUAAAACUAUUUUAUUUACUUACCUUUCCCCAGCACCAAUGUCUCUAAGCGCUGGGUCGAUACUCCACCCCCUCUGACGGUCUAUGACAUGCGCGUGCUAAUGUGCAUGAGCAGAAAAUGCACAUUAGACCUCUUCAUAGGAAAGCAUUGAAUCAAUUCUUUCCUAUGGGGAAAAAAAUCUGAUGCUGGAGGUACUCAUGCUGCUGGAGUACCUCCAGCAUCAGAUUUUUUUCCCCAUAGGAAAGAAUUGAUUCAAUGCUUUCCUAUGAAGAGGUCUAAUGUGCACUUGACAGGCUCAGAAAAGUCAAAAAUAGUGAGAUAUCUUGCAGAGGGAUGCAGCACUCUUAAAAUUGCAAAGCUUCUGAAGCAUGAUCAUCGAACAAUCAAGCGUUUCAUUCAAAAUAGUCAACAGGGUCGCAAGAAGCGUGUGGAAAAACCAAGGCGCAAAAUAACUGCCCAUGAACUGAGAAAAGUCAAGCGUGCAGCUGCCACGAUGCCACUUGCCACCAGUUUGGCCAUAUUUCAGAGCUGCAACAUCACUGGAGUGCCCAAAAGCACAAGGUGUGCAAUACUCAGAGACAUGGCCAAGGUAAGAAAGGCUGAAAGGCGACCACCACUGAACAAGACACACAAGCUGAAACGUCAAGACUGGGCCAAGAAAUAUCUCAAGACUGAUUUUUCUAAGGUUUUAUGGACUGAUGAAAUGAGAGUGAGUCUUGAUGGGCCAGAUGGAUGGGCCCGUGGCUGGAUUGGUAAAGGGCAGAGAGCUCCAGUCCGACUCAGACGCCAGCAAGGUGGAGGUGGAGUACUGGUUUGGGCUGGUAUCAUCAAAGAUGAGCUUGUGGGGCCUUUUCGGGUUGAGGAUGGAGUCAAGCUCAACUCCCAGUCCUACUGCCAGUUCCUGGAAGACACCUUCUUCAAGCAGUGGUACAGGAAGAAGUCUGCAUCCUUCAAGAAAAACAUGAUUUUCAUGCAGGACAAUGCUCCAUCACACGCGUCCAAGUACUCCACAGCGUGGCUGGCAAGAAAGGGUAUAAAAGAAGAAAAUCUAAUGACAUGGCCUCCUUGUUCACCUGAUCUGAACCCCAUUGAGAACCUGUGGUCCAUCAUCAAAUGUGAGAUUUACAAGGAGGGAAAACAGUACACCUCUCUGAACAGUGUCUGGGAGGCUGUGGUUGCUGCUGCACGCAAUGUUGAUGGUGAACAGAUCAAAACACUGACAGAAUCCAUGGAUGGCAGGCUUUUGAGUGUCCUUGCAAAGAAAGGUGGCUAUAUUGGUCACUGAUUUGUUUUUGUUUUGUUUUUGAAUGUCAGAAAUGUAUAUUUGUGAAUGUUGAGAUGUUAUAUUGGUUUCACUGGUAAUAAUAAAUAAUUGAAAUGGGUAUAUAUUUGUUUUUUGUUAAGUUGCCUAAUAAUUAUGCACAGUAAUAGUCACCUGCACACACAGAUAUCCCCCUAACAUAGCUAUAACUAAAAACAAACUAAAAACUACUUCCAAAAAUAUUCAGCUUUGAUAUUAAUGAGUUUUUUGGGUUCAUUGAGAACAUGGUUGUUGUUCAAUAAUAAAAUUAAUCCUCAAAAAUACAACUUGCCUAAUAAUUCUGCACUCCCUGUAGAAACUGACACUUUUCUAAAUAAUCCUUGUUACACCCCCAGCUGUCAGUUAGACAGCCAGUCAUGUUACUUCCUGAUUGCUUAGCUCAGUGGAGCUAAACUCAAUAGACAGGCAAUUGGUCAGAGCACCUGCCUAGCAAAGACUGUGAAGUCUGUAAUUGGGCAGCCAUAGAAAGUCUGGGCUGGAAAGAAGGGGAGGACUUGCAAAGGCUUUACAUAAAAAAGCUGCAGCUUUUGCAAUCUGUUUUAGAUACAACUCCAAUGAAAAGAUUCAUAAUUAAAUGCAUGCAUGUUUUCAUUGAGAGUAAAUACAUUGAUUGUAUUUAUUUAUUUAUUUAUUUAUUUCUGCAGUGGAGUGCAGUGUGCCUUUAAGGCACAAGAACCAGACAGUGUGGUUACUGUUAAAAAUAACUGAGAUAAAAGAUAGCAGAGAACAUCAUCAUGGAAAAUACAGUUACCACAACAAAUCAUGUAAUCUAGCUGAUAAGUACCCAGAAAAAGAUAAGCAUCAAGUAUAAGGGUAGAACAUGCAAGAAGGAGAACUUCUAAUCCACUAGGUUACGCAAAAAGUCAACACGUAGCAGAAUUAUAAAGGCCAAACUCCAAGCCAAGGAGGGUUGGCUUCCAGUGCAAGCAUUAUAUUAGGGGUGGCCAAAAUGUAGAUCCCUGGCUAUUGUAGAACUACAAACCCCAUAAUGCUUUGCUAGGUUUAAGGACACCAAUUACAGAAAACAGGGCAACCUUUGUUGUAAUGAAAACAACAAGAAAUGCAACAUAUACUUGAAAAUGCAUUGUUUUUUAUAUUUAUGGAUGAACAGAAAAUAUGUGUUUUCCUUAAACCAGGUACUUCUUGUUUCCCCAAGUAUCAAGGUUUGUAACAAUCCCAUGUGUUUGAGAUUCAAUACUUUAUUUAAUGAUUUUGAAAACAUUAUAUUGUUUUAGAUAGUAUUUCAACAUAGAACCACACAGAAAUAAGCCUUGUGCUCACAUUUACACUAAUUUUGGCCAGCAACAACAGCUAUUGUAAGCAUCAUCCAAAAUAUUUACUAUGAACUAUUUUUUUUUUUUUAGAGAUAUCAUCAUAUUAAUUGUUAUUUCAUUUUUUAGAUUCUCCUCAUCUUGACUACUCUGCAGAGCUCAAUCUUCAACAUCCUGGCUAGUGUUGGACAGCUGCCUUGUGUGCCACCAUAUAUGUAUAAAGCCAGAUCUCAGAGUGAGUCUAAUGUUCUUUGUAACACAGCUUACAAGCUAUAUGUACAUCCUAGGUACACAAAGUUAGGGUUCUAAAAUGUACAAGUAUUGCUGGCACUAUAGACCAGUAAGAGAGACCACAUAUCAAGCAAGUUUCAUUACUUAAUUCCUCUUAUUUCAGAUUACACAAUCAUGUAAGCUCGUUUGAGCAGGGCCCUCAUCUCCUUAUUGUUCCUGUGUCACUGUGUAGUUGUCUAAUUUAUUGUAACUUUCCCCAUUUCAUAAUAUUGUAAAGCGCUGCGGAAUUAGUUGGCGCUAUAUAAAUACCAAUAGUAAUAAUAAUAAUAAUAAUAAAAAUGAAAUACAUAAGAUUAUGAUAUGGAUAGAUAGUUAGACAUGAUGGCUGCAGACAGAAUUUCCUGCAAAAUGACAAAAUAAAUAACCCACCAGGACCAAUAAUGGGAAUUGAUGGGAGGACUGAUAACACAGAGCAUGUAAACAUGCUUCUUAAUGCUCUACUAUAUCCUCUGGAUUAAGGGAUUCUUUUAUAAAUGCUGAGUUCCACGCCCCCUCAGCCCCAUAAUAUCAUGAAGGGGCACUAGGCUUUUCUUGGAACUACUAUACUGGUAUUGUUUUAAAAUAUAUUAUUUUAUUUAAUGUAUGUAAGAGAAGAUAUGCCCACGCCCAUACCUACUUGGGACUAUGGACAUUAUUUUAAUCCAUGGAUACAAUGGUGGAUUGGUUAUUUCCCUGACAUAUUACAGGUGGGAUAUGGACAAUAUUAUGGAAGGACAUUUUAGCAGUAUUUGUAUAUAAUGGAUAUUAUACAUUGCUCAGAAAAGUGGGGUCUCAUAGACCAGACGUUCACUGUAAAAAACAAGUGAAUGGCUGUAUGCUCACGCCCUAUGCAAUUCAAUAAAACCUUCCACUUUGCACAUUAGAAGAGACGGUAUGGGGUAGCCUAUGGAGGAUCAAUGUAUUUAUAAAAUACACACCUCGCCACAAAGAACUAGUUUUGGUGAUGCGGGAAUAGAACACUAAAUGAUUAUUGAUUAAGUGAUUUUUAACUCUCAUUCGCAUAAUAUGUGGACAAAUUAGAGAAGGAUAUUUUGUUUUGCAUUGUCAACCUGUCACACCUUUUCAGUUGUUAUUCACCCAGCUAUAUGUUUGGUUUUAUCUAGUGAUGAACAACCAGUUGCUGAUUGUGGAGGCUUUCAUUCUUUCAGUCCUGGUGAGGGGGGCCUACAGAAGAAGAGACAACGAACCAGGAUUCACCCUUAAGCCAGUGGCUGUGUGAUGAGUAGGACCUCCAAUUAGUAAUCACAGUACAUUGACUCCUUCUACUUUGUUUCCCCACAUAUUGUGUGUAUAAUAUACAUUUAGAUUUGGUAUAAUGCAUUCAAACUCCUUAAUGAAAGUGCAAGGGCAAAAUAAUAUGUUGCGAUGACUCUUCACGAAUACAGAAUUCUUGUCAAGACAUGUUACAUCUGUUGCUGCGGAAUGGUUGUAAUUAAGUCUGUAAGUACUUAGAAACUGUAUUCAUGCCUCCAAGACUAUAGACAGAACACUUUUAUUUAGUCAUAUAUUUGGCUGAGGCUGACCUUUUUUUUACUGUUUAUAUUUAGAACAUGCCAAAAUCUUAUACAAACAUUCCCGAUUUUGCUUUUCUGUAUUGAUCAUGUCAAUAUUCGAUUGAGACUAUUUUGCUGCAUCUUUUGAGUCAAUGUUAAUUAUAUAUCGGAAAGAUUGACAAGACCAUAGUGAAAUCCAACUGCUGAUAUCCUUUGACAUAAGAAGAUAUGUCUUUAAAUUAUUAUAACCAUGUGCCUGGGAGAAUUACAGGGUACAGGCUAGAAAGUUACAAUUUGCUAGCCCGUCUGUCCAGCUGGUGACCGUGAUGCUCUUGAUGUAUGCAUCAGACCACGCCAAUAAAGAUUGACUAACGAAAAACUAUGAAUCUCUGUCAGCGAUCAAUACGGCUUUAAAGGAAGAUACUAGGCUCACAAUGUAACCAAUCUAGCCAUUGAAGUGCAUUAAAUCUAAAAUAUUUUCAUUGGUGAUAAGUAGUAUUAAAAAAGAAAGAAUAAGAAAAAAAAGGUUAUAUUUCAAAAUACACCCCUGCCAGAUCCCCAUUUGAAUCUAUCCAUUUGAAACACAGGCUCCAAAUGACACGUUAUAUAGUAGGAGAACCUCAAAUAACAGGAUAGUCCACUCCAGUGUUUGUAAUAUGUCUUUCUCGAGCCAUGUGCUUCACUACCCUACACAGAAGGUAUUUUUUUGCAGGAGUUUUGUUUACAUUUUUCGACGAUAAACACAAGGUUCUUACUCAUUAGUGCAGCUGUGUGUACUUUGCAAAAUGUUCAAAAAAGGUACAUGUAUGUGCAAGAGUUACUACCCACUCAUUUGAUAGAUUUCUUAUCCUGUUUUCACUUCUUUGCUUUUCAACUGCAUUUUACAGUUUGCCUUCCCGAAUGUUCCACUUAAAGCGUCUGUCACCAAAAAUAAACUUUAUCAAAUAUGUUUCUACAUGGUUCCUUGUGUUUGAAGUUAUUUUUAU